AUGCCACCGAGAUGUUGUUCUGUCAUCUCAUUGGCUUCGGUCGCACAUCUCUUAAGUAACGCGGAGGCUGAUUUAUACAAAGCCAAAUUUGAAGAAUGGAACACGCCUAAUCGUUUGUAUUGCCCAAUCCCAUCAUGCUCGACUUUUAUAUCAACAAGACUAUAUGAGGAAAAGCCAGAACCAAUAGUUACAAACAUCGCUGGGGAUCAUUCUGGCGUUGAGCUAUCGGAAACUUUCGCCGCCUUCGAGGAACCAGUGAAACUAGAACCAAAGUUCCGAAGUCAAGUAGCGUGUCCAACAUGCCAUAUUUCCGUUUGCACUCAAUGCCGAGAACAAGCACAUGUUGGCGAAUGUAGCGGGAAUGAUAUCCAACCAGAUUUAGAACAUCUGCUUCAGAGAUGGAACAUUAAACGAUGCCCGAAAUGCAGAACCGGAAUACGAAAGGUUUACGGCUGUUCUCAUGUUGAGUGUAGAUGUGGUGCUCACUUUUGCUACGGGUGUCUUCAAUCCAUCAUUCUAUGCGGUGGCUGUGAAAAUGAAGAUGAAGAUGCGUCGGAGAUUUCCGACGAGGACGAUCUGGAUGGCAUGGCCAAUUUCACGGAUGGUGACGGUCUAGAUUUUGGCGAGGAGCCUGAAGACCCUCGUGAUGACGGUUGGACGUGUGAGCAUGACUGGAAACCAGUCAUCAAAAGUUCAACCUCUGUUGAGUCUCGAAUAUCCGAAUGCUAUCGUUGUUUUCGUCCCGUUGACUCCCAGGAGCCUCUCAAGAAGAGCCCACACGAAGGGGAUGAAGUUGGCAAGCGUUCGUACAUGAGCUAUGGUGACGAAGCGUGGAAAUGUUUCUGCGGGAAAACCACCUGCCGGAAUUGCCCCUUAGCAGCUCCAAGGUGGAGAGUUGCAGAUGUCGAGCGCAAAUGGACCUGUGACUGCGGGAUUACCUGCGCCUUCUGCAUCAGAUUGGAUGCUCACGCAAAAUUCGAAGAGGAAGGUAAAGCCGGUUGGGAAUGUGAAUGCGGGACAAUUAUCUGUGGUGCUUGCAGGGACUUAACAUGA